AUGGCCGCCGACUCAACCUCCGCCAACACCCCGACCGCAGACUCCGCCGCCGCGACACCCACCAACACCACCGCCGCCGCUGCCGCCGCAGCAACAACAGCCACCGCCAACGGCUCCCAAAUCCGACCGGGCGGUGCUCCUGCCCGCGUCUACAUGAACGAGAAGAUCGUACCGUAUCUGCUCGAAGGGAUGAAGAGCGUCGCGAAGGAACAGCCCCCGAAUCCCCUCCGCGUACUCGGCGAAUUCCUGAUUCAGAAAAGUAACGAGCUCGAGCAAGGGGGCGCUACAGCAGCAGCAGCAGCAGCAGCAACGAAAACGCCGGAGUAA